CUUUCCGGAAUAUUAAUGACAGGAAAUAAAAAAAGGAAGUGCAUAACAGAGUCGAGAGAAGAUACAGAACUGGCGUACGGACAGAAUGCAUAUCCGAAAUUGGAAACGGCUAUGUCAAGAAUCGUCGAUAGUAGAGAUGAUGACGAAGAUGAUGAUGAUAAAGAACAAAAGAAAUCAGUACCCCGCCAGGACGAUCGACAGAAUGGAACGGGAGGAGGGGGUUCGGAUCGGGUGCCACUCGAUCGGUGUUCUGUAAACAAAAAUGCUCAAUCGGAAGGCGAUCUGGUUCGGUCCGUCGAUAAGUUAACGCUGGACACGAAAUGGAAGAGGAUACCAAGAAAGACGUCACUUCCCGUCCACGUGGAAAACGAAAAAGACGGAGAGGAAGUAUUGUGGGGUGCACUUAGAACGUUUACUAAAUGCGCACGAUCCAGACUACCCAGAAUAACUUACAGCCAGUCCCAAGACAGCCAUAUGGUGUACUGCAGUCACGAAAGGCCGAUUUAUCCUUCUUUACCCUUUUCCCCUUUCUGUUCCCCCAACUCCUCCCCCCACCUUCGACGUCAUACUCGGGAAUGUCGUCGAGUGUCAAUCGAAGCUCAUCAUAAUUACUUGCAGCUCAAUCAAUAUCGUUUGAAAGGUGAAAUUGGUUUGGGAUCCUACGGAAUCGUCAAAUUGGCGUACAACGAGGACGACGACAGCCAUUAUGCAAUGAAGAUUUUAUCGAAAAAGAAACUGAUGAAGAGAGCCGGAAUGUUUGGUCGCGUUCCUCCUCCCAGAGACGGAAAAAGGAAGAGCAUCACAAAUCCCAUAGACCAAGUGUACAGAGAAAUCGCCAUUCUUAAGAAGUUGAAUCAUCCCAACGUUGUGAAUUUAAUAGAGGUUUUAAAUGAUCCUGACGAGGAUAAUUUAUACAUGGUGUUUGAGUUAUUAGAAAAGGGGCCGGUUGUAGAAAUCCCAACAGACAAUCCAUUACAGGAGAUGCAGGCGUGGCAAUAUUUCAGAGAUGUGGUUUUAGGUAUAGAAUAUUUACACUGUCAGAAGAUAGUACACAGAGACAUCAAGCCUUCAAAUCUUCUCCUGAAUGACAAUGGUAGAGUUCAGAUUUCGGAUUUUGGCGUGUGUAAUCAGUUCGAAGGAGUGGACGCCCUGCUCUCGGACACUGCCGGGACACCCGCCUUCGUGGCACCCGAAGCACUGAAAGAGAACCUGGACACAUACAGUGGAAAGGCUUUAGAUGUAUGGCAGAUGGGAGUGACGUUAUAUUCUUUUGUUUAUGGCCAAGUGCCUUUUCAUGACGAUAACAUAUUAAAUCUGUAUAAUAAAAUUAAAAACGAUCCGCUCAAGUUUCCCGACAAGCCUGCGGUAAGCGAUAAUCUAAAAGAUCUUCUGAAACGUAUGCUAGAAAAGGAACCCGAGAAAAGGAUUAAGUUAUCGGAGAUAAAGAUUCUAGUUAAAAGUAUGCUGAAGAAGCAUUCAUUUGGUCAUCCUUUCCGAGAGAGUCCAAUCUUCAAUCGAGGACUCUUGCAUAAGACUGGAAGGUCAAAUUCAGCUCCUUCUGCAUAUGGAUUGUUACUUGAAAGGAAAGUGUCGGGAGAAAUUACUCUUCCCAGUCUGAGCGAAACCAGCCCCAUCAGUCCUGGAGAAAGAUUCGAGGUUGAUGGAAGCUAAUUUUUUGUCCCAAUUUUAUAUAAAAAGGGACCAUUCAGACUAAAUAUAUGGGCAGCUUAAUUUUCUCUAUUAACAGAUGCACUCAUUACAUUGUAUAUACAUUUAUGUAUAUUUUCAGCGAUAUAAUGUGCCAACCCAGAGAUGCAAGAACAUUUUAUCAAUGAUUAUUUGUGAUUCUUCAAAUGCACGGACAGCAAUAUUCAAUUUUAAUAGAAAUGGGAUAAUUCUGUCAAAAAAAAAAAAAAAAAUAGCAUUCCAUCAUGUGAAGCUAUGCAGAAACUGAAUUUAUGGUGCCAUUUCAAAUUAAUUUCUUUCAAU